AUGGAUCCGGGCGGCGGGGGCGGGAUGCUUCUGGAGGACUUCGGGCAGCGCGUGGACCUCACGCGCCGCAUCCGCGAGGUGCUCGCCAACUACCCGGAGGGCACCACCGCGCUGCGGGAGCUCAUCCAGAACGCCGACGACGCUGGCGCAGGGCGCGUCCGCCUCUGCCUCGACCGCCGAUCGCAUGGGAGGGCGUCGCUGCUGGCCCCCGCGCUCGCGCAGUGGCAGGGCCCAGCGCUGCUUGCUUACAACGACGCGGUGUUCACCGACGAGGACUUCGCCAGCAUCUCCCGCAUUGGAGACAGCAGGAAGGUCGCCCAGACGUGGAAGACUGGCCGCUUCGGGGUUGGUUUUAACUCAGUUUACCACUUGACUGACUUGCCGUCGUUCGUGAGUGGCAAGUACGUUGUCCUAUUCGACCCCCAGGGUGCUUAUCUUCCAAAUGUGUCGGCAGCAAAUCCUGGAAAGCGCAUCGACUAUGUCAGUUCAUCAGCAAUUACAAUGUACCAUGAUCAGCUUUCACCGUACUGUGCGUUUGGCUGCGACAUGGAAGCAUCAUUUCUGGGAACUCUGUUUCGUUUUCCUUUGAGGAGUUCUGAGCAAGCAUCUUCAAGUCGGUUAUCAAGACAGUCAUACACAGAAGAUGAUAUUUUAUCUCUUUUUGCCAAACUGUACCAAGAAGCUGUAUAUAAUUUGCUGUUCCUUAAAAAUGUUCUAUCACUUGAGAUGUAUGUGUGGGAAUCUGGUAUGACUGAGCCAAAAAUAAUAUACUCUUGUUACUUAGGGCCACAGAGUGAAAAGCUGUCCUGGCAUCGCCAAGCCCUUGUCAGGUUCUCUGGCACUCCUGUUGAAUCUUCUAAGCAGAAGUUGGACUCUUUCUCGAUGGAUUUCAUAUCAGAAGCAUUCUUGGGCAACAAGAUUGAGAAAAAGAGCUCUACCUAUUUUAUCGUUCAGGGAAUGGCAUCUGCAUCAAGUAAAAUUGGUAUUUUUGCAACUGCAGCUGCCAAGGAAUAUGAUCUUCACUUACUGCCUUGGGCUUCUGUUGCUGCUUGCAUCUCCAACACAGGGCUUGAGGAUACUGUUCUCAGACAGGGUCGUGCUUUCUGUUUUCUUCCUUUGCCAGUAAGGACAGGACUAUCUGUGCAUGUCAAUGGUUAUUUUGAAGUUUCAUCCAACCGACGUGACAUUUGGUAUGGUGCUGACAUGGACAGGGGUGGUAAGCUUCGCUCUGAUUGGAACAGGCUACUGUUGGAAGAUGUUGUCGCUCCGUUGUUCAGAGAACUGCUGAUGAAGUUGCGGAUGCUUUCUGACUCCACAAUAUCAUAUUAUUCACUGUGGCCAACUGGUUUAUAUGAGGAGCCGUGGAGUAUCCUUGUGGAGCAAAUUUACAAGGCUAUUUACACCUCUCCAGUCUUGCAUUCAGAGAUUGAAGGCGGGACCUGGAUAUCACCAGCUGAUGCUUUGCUUCAUGAUGAGGGAUUCUCAGGAAGCAAUAAUCUUAAUGAAGCCCUCGUGUUGGUAGGCAUGCCAAUUGUCCGCGUAUCUAAUGCAAUAGGUGAUAUGUUUUCAAAAUUUUAUAUGCAGUCUAUGCUCAAAAUAGUGAGUCCUGCUAUAGUGAGGCAUUUCCUCAAGAAUUAUGCUAAACUUGCUACACUAGGAAAGUCUCAUAAGUUGAUAUUAUUGGAAUAUUGUCUUACUGAUGUUGACAGUACUGAUAUUGGUAAAUGCAUGAAUGGCCUUCCACUGAUUCCACUAGCAAAUAUGCAGUAUGGGACUUUUUCUGCUAGUUCGCAAGAGGGCUAUUAUUACGUCUGUGAUAACAUCGAAUAUGAGCUUCUAGCUGAAGUUGGUGAUAGAAUAGUUGACAGAAGCAUCCCUCCUGUACUACUAGACAAGCUGUAUCAGAUAGCCAGUGAUUCCGAGGCCAACAUUAGGCUCAUUGAUGGCCCGAUCUUCUGCCAGCUCUUACCCAGGUUAUUUCCUCCUGGAUGGAAGCUUAAAGAUCAAGUUCCCUGGAAUCCAGGCUUGGGUGGGUCAUCUCCUACAGCAGCCUGGUUUAAACUUUUUUGGCAGUAUAUAGGGGGACGCUCGUAUGACCUUCAUUUGUUUAGUGAUUGGCCUAUACUGCCAUCUACUUCUGGCCACCUUCACAGGGCACGUACAAGCUCAAAAUUAAUCAAAACAGAAUCACUGUCUAAUUUGAUGAAUGAACUCCUGGCAAAGUUUGGUUGCAAGAUACUGGAUGCUGAAUAUUUGAGUGACCACAAGCAAUUGUCGUUUUAUGUGUAUGAUGGUGAUGCAACUGGAGUUCUUCAGUCAAUCUUUGGGGUUGUCUCAUUGGAAGGUGUUGACUUGCAAUCUCUGUUUCAACACAUUACCCCUGGUGAAAAAAAUGAACUGUACCAGUUUCUUCUGGAUCCAAAAUGGUAUUUAGGAGCCCGCCUUUCUGACAUAAGUAUAAAUCAAUGCAAAAAGCUUCCGAUCUUCAGGGUAUUUGAUGGAGGUUCUCCCAGUACUUAUGGUUUCUCGGAUUUGUCCAGUUCAAGAAAGUAUCUGCCACCUCUUGGUGUUCCUGACCACUUACUCAAUGCCGACUUUAUUUUCUCUAUUUGCCCAAGCGAUGAAGAUAUCAUAAUGAGAUAUUAUGGCGUUGAACGCAUGCCGAAAUCAAACUUCUACCAGAGUUAUGUUCUGAAUAGAUUGGACAAGCUGCAAUCGGAGUUGCGCGAUUCAGUUCUAUUAACAAUCUUACAAGAUCUGCCUCAGCUGUCCUUGGAGGAUCCAAUGUUCAAGGAAACCUUGAAAACCCUUAGAGUUGUUCCCACUAUCAAUGGAACUUUAAAAAGCCCACAAUCUCUUUAUGAUCCCCGGGUGGAAGAACUCUAUGUUCUUCUCCAGGAAUCAGAUUGCUUUCCGCAUGGUUUAUUUCAAAAUCCAGAUGUUCUUGAUAUGCUGCUUUGCUUGGGGCUUAGAACUUCAGUUUCUACUGAUACCAUAUUACAAAGUGCUCGGCAGAUUGAUUCACUUGUGAACAUAGAUCAGCAGAAGGCUCAUUCAAGGGGUAAGGUCCUUCUUUCAUACCUUGAAGUUCAUGCUCACAAAUGGUAUGUGAAUAAGCUAUCUGAUGGUCGGAAGAAGGUGAGCAUGCUAGCUAAAGUUACCACUGCGCUCAGGCCUCGUGACAAAUCUUGGGAAUUUGAUCUUGAAAAGUUCUGGAGUGAUCUGAGACUGAUUUGCUGGUGUCCUGUGUUGUCUACUGCACCAAGUCCAGCUUUGCCAUGGCCUUCAGUAUCAUCAAUGAUAGCUCCACCUAAGCAAGUAAGGAUGCAGGAAGAUAUGUGGAUUGUUUCUGCUGGCUCACGUAUUCUCGAUGGUGAAUGCACUUCCUCAGCCUUGUCGUACAGCUUAGGUUGGUUGUCGCCUCCAUCAGGGAGCGUGAUUGCAGCUCAACUGCUUGAAUUGGGCAAGAACAAUGAAAUUGUGACUGAUCAAGUCCUUCGGCAAGAAUUAGCUUUGGUGAUGCCUAAGAUUUAUUCUUUGCUGACAAACUUGAUUGGUUCUGAUGAAAUGGAUAUUGUGAAAGUGGUUCUAGAAGGAUGCAGAUGGAUUUGGGUGGGUGAUGGAUUUGCGAAAACAGACGAAGUUGUUUUAAGUGGCCACCUUCAUCUAGCACCAUACAUUCGUGUUGUUCCAAUUGAUUUAGCAGUGUUCAAAGACUUGUUCUUGGAGCUCGGCAUAAAGGAGCACCUGUACCCUGUUGAUUAUGCUAGUAUUCUCAGCAGAAUGGCCAUAAGGAAAGCUUCAGCUUCACUUGAAGCUGAAGAAUUAAGAACAGCUAUCUUGGUUGUGCAGCAUUUAUCUGAGUUCCGGUUUCAGGAUCAGCAAACACAAAUAUAUUUACCCGAUUCUUCGUCUAGGCUCUGUCUAUCUUCUGAACUUGUAUUCAAUGACGCUCCUUGGUUACUUGAUUUUGGUCAUGACAUCAGUGGGAGUGCAUCAAGCAUUGCUUUAAGCUCGAAAAACCUCUUGCUUGCUGAGAGUUCUGAUUCGAUGAAUUUGAGUUUGUCAGGAGUUGCUGAAGCGUUUGGACAGCAUGAAGACUUGACUACACGACUCAAGCAUAUUGUUGAGAUGUAUGCAGAUGGCCCUGGAAUUCUCUUUGAGUUGGUACAGAAUGCAGAAGAUGCUAAGGCUUCUGAGGUUGUGUUUUUGCUGGAUAAGACUCAGUAUGGAACUUCAUCCAUUCUUUCACCUGAAAUGGCUGAAUGGCAAGGACCUGCUCUCUACUGCUUUAAUGAUUCAGUUUUUAGUCCACAUGACCUUUAUGCCAUCUCACGAAUAGGUCAAGACAGCAAACUUGAGAAACCUUUUGCAAUUGGAAGGUUUGGUCUUGGCUUCAAUUGUGUGUAUCACUUCACAGAUAUUCCUGGAUUUGUUUCCGGUGAGAAUAUUGUCAUGUUUGAUCCACAUGCCUGUUAUUUGCCAGGAAUAUCUCCAUCUCAUCCAGGUUUAAGGAUACAAUUUGUAGGAAGAAGGAUAUUAGAUCAGUUUCCUGAUCAGUUCACCCCAUUCUUACAUUUUGGUUGCAAUUUGCAACAGCCAUUUCCAGGUACACUCUUCCGGUUCCCCCUUAGGAAUGCGGCAGCUGCUUCGAGAAGUCAAAUAAAACGAGAAAUGUAUGCACCACAAGAUGUGGAAAUGCUUUUCUCUUCAUUCUCUGAAGUUGUAUCUGAGGCUCUACUUUUUCUCCGUAAUGUUAAAAAGGUUACUCUAUAUGUCAAGGAGAACAACAGUCAGGAGAUGCGACUUGUUCAUUGUGUGUCCAGGAAUAAUAGCUCUCAGAUGGGUAAAGAACCUCAUGCACAUGGCGCAAUGCUUGCAUUUAUACAUGGAAACCAACCAUCAGGAAUGGAUAGAAAUCAGUUUUUCAGUAAGUUGAAUAAGACUAAAGACAGUGAGUUGCCCUGGAGUUGUCAGAAGGUUACUAUUCUUGAGCAGAACCCUUCUUCACACUUGUUGCACUCAUGGAUUUUAGCUGAAUGUAUAGGCGGGGGUCAUGCUAGAAAGUUGUCAACUGCCUCUGGUAGUAAAUCUCACUUCUUUGUUCCGUGGGCAUCUGUUGCUGCAUAUCUGCAUUCAGUGAGUGUAGAUAAUACAAAAGAACUAUCUGCUGAAGCUGAAGUCAGCCAUGAUAACUCAGUUUUCACAAACACAGAUCUUGGAUCUUCUAAGGUCAGGAAAAAAUUUGAGGGUCGGGCCUUUUGCUUUCUUCCUCUACCAAUCAAUACUAGCUUGCCAGUGCAUGUAAAUGCUUAUUUUGAACUCUCUUCAAAUCGAAGGGAUAUCUGGAUCGGAAAUGACAUGGCUGGGGGAGGAAGAGUACGAUCAGAGUGGAAUUUAGCGCUGCUUGAAGAUGUCGUUGCUCCUGCUUAUGGGCACCUGCUUUCAGCUGUUGCUGAAGAGCUUGGUCCCUCUGACUUGUUUCUGUCAUUUUGGCCUAGUGCUGCAGGUGUUGAACCAUGGUCUUCCAUGGUGUGGAAACUCUAUGUAUCUAUUGCGGAACUUGGAAUUCACGUUCUAUAUACAAAAGCUCGAGGUGGUCACUGGCUGUCAACAAGGCAGGCUAUUUUUCCAGAUUUCAGUUUCUCAAAGGCAAUGGAGCUGGCAGAACUUCUCUCUCAAGCUGGUUUGCCUGUGGUAUCUGUAACCAAGCCAAUAAUUGACAAUUUCAUUAAUGCAUAUCCAUCAGUUCAUCUACUAAAUCCUCAUUUGCUGAGGAAUUUGUUGAUCCGACGGAAGCGUGACUUCAGAAGCAGAGAAGAGGCUAUACUUGUUCUUGAGUAUUGCUUGAGUGAUAUGGGAGAUCCUUCUUUUUGUGAUAAAUUGCAAGGUUUGGCUCUUCUUCCUGUGGCAAAUGGAUCAUUUACAACAUUCAACAAAAGAGGGGAGGGUGAGAGAGUAUUCCUUACUUCACAAAUAGAAUUUGAACUUCUUAAGGAUUCCAUACCACAUCUUGUUAUUGACAAUUCUUUACCAGAAGGUGUUUCGAAGAAGUUGUAUGACAUAGCUUAUUCUGCACGCAUGAACAUAUAUAUAUUCACAAGUAAUCUUCUCAUUGAGCUGUUGCCUAGGAUCUUGCCACCUGAAUGGCAACAUGCUAAGCAGUUGUCUUGGUUUCCUGAGCAGCAAGGCCAGCCAAGUAUGGAAUGGAUGGUAUCACUCUGGAAUUUUUUGAGGCAUUCCUGUGACGAUAUUUCAGUUUUUGCAAAGUGGCCUAUACUACCUCUUGUAGAUGGCGCGGUCGUGCAACUUGGGAAUGCUGCAAAUGUAAUAAGAGAUGAUGGAUGGAGUGAAAAUAUGCAUUCCUUGCUUCAAAAACUGGGAUGUUUAUUUCUGCGAUCUGAUCUGCAGAUAGAACAUCCCCAGUUAGCGAAUUUUGUUCAGGAAUCCACUGCUGCUGGUGUUUUGAAUGCUGUGCAGUCUGUAGCUUCUAAUCUCCAGGAUAUCAAGGAAUUGUUUAUGAGCACUUCACUGGCAGAAGCACAUGAACUCCGAAGUUUCAUUUUCCAGUCAAAGUGGUUUUCCGGAAAUCAGAUCACCUCCUCCCAUAUGAAUACAAUCAGGAACCUCCCAAUAUUUGAAUCUUAUAAAUCUAGGGAACUUGUUAACUUGACAAAUCCUAGAAAAUGGCUUAAACCAGAAGGGGUGCAUGAGGAUUUAUUGAAUGCAAGCUUUAUAAGAACUGAAUCUGUGAAGGAGAGGUCAAUUUUGGUAUCAUACUUUGAUAUCAAGGAACCUCAAAAGGUUGAAUUUUACAAGGACCAUGUCCUUCCUCGAAUGUCAGAGUUUCUUUUGCAGCCAGCUAUUAUUUCAGCAGUUAUUCGUGAUGUGAAACUGUUGAUAGAUAAUGAUGAUUCAGCAAGAGCUGCAUUAUGUGAGACCCCUUUUGUCUUGGCAGCCAAUGGAGCGUGGGUCCAGCCCUCCAGGCUCUAUGAUCCUCGUGUGCCUGAGUUACUGAAGUUGCUGCACCAAGAAACCUUCUUUCCUUCAGAAAAGUUCAUGAUGACUGAAGUAAUUGAAUUAUUGGGUAGUUUUGGAUUGAAAAGAAAUUUCGGUUUUAGUACUUUGCUUGACAUGGCAAGGUCAGUUUCACUGGUGCAGAAUUCAGGACAAGAUGAUGCAUUUGCUUAUGGGCAAAAACUACUUACCUAUCUAAACAUUCUUGAGUCCAAAACUUCAAACAUGGAGGGCAGAGAAACUUUUCUUAAGGAUGAGAAUCCGGAAGCAUCUGAAAUUAGUGAAAAUUUGGAACCUGAAAAUCAUGGGGAUGUGUGUGAUCCAAGUGACCAAACUAGUGUAUCUUUGUUCUCGAAUUUCGAUUAUGAUAUGCCAGAAGAUUUAUUUUGGUCAGAGCUCAAAAAUAUUUCUUGGUGUCCAGUCCAUGUUGCACCAUUGCUCAAAGGACUUCCAUGGUUCAUAUCUGGAGAUAUCAUAGCACCACCAGUCAUCACAAGGCCGCAAUCGCAGAUGUGGCUUGUUUCAUCAAAAAUGCGAAUUCUUAGUGCAGAUUCAUGUUCCAUGUAUGUGCAAAGAAAACUAGGCUGGUGUGACCCACCAAAUGUGAGCACAUUAUCUUCUCAGUUAGUCGAGCUCUCCAAGUCUUAUGAUGAACUCAAAAUGUUUUCUGCAGACACAGACAUUGAUGCUAUUCUGCAAAAGGAGGUUCAAGUAAUCUACUCAAAAUUGCAAGAUAUUAUUGGCACUACCAGUGGCAACGCUCUAAAAGAGUAUCUGGAUGGAUUUCAAUGGAUUUAUAUAGGGGAUAGGUUCGUGGCACCACAGGCACUUGCUUUUGACUCGCCUGUGAAAUAUCAUCCCUAUCUUUACACAGUUCCAUCUGAACUGUCAGAGUUUAAAAAGUUACUCUCAGAGUUGGGUGUGAGGCAGACAUUUGAUGCAAUGGAUUAUCUGAAUGUGCUCCGCCGUUUAGAAGGAGAUGUCAAAGGAGAGCCGUUGUCCACAGAGCAACUCAGUUUUGUUCAUUGUGUAUUGGAAGCAUUUGUUGACUGUUACCCUGACAGUCAAGCACCUGAUGUGUUACUGAGCUCAUUGGUGAUUCCGGAUUCAUUUGGGGUUCUGACACCUGCUAGAAACCUCGUCUAUAAUGAUGCACCCUGGAUGAAUGCUAAUCCUACUUCAAAGAAUUUUAUUCAUCUCAGUAUUGGCAAUGAACUGGCUAAUAGGCUUGGUGUACGAUCUCUUCGUGGAUCAUCAUUGUUGGAUGAUGAGUUAAUGAGGAAUUUGCCCUGCAUGGAAUAUGCUAAAAUAAGUGAGUUGUUGGCUUUGUAUGGUGAGAGCGACUUUCUUUUGUUUGACCUGAUAGAGCUAGCAGACUAUUGCAAUGCAAAGAAAGUGCAUCUGAUUUAUGACAAAAGAGAACAUCCGAAACAGUCCUUACUGCAGCAGAGUCUAGGUGACCUCCAGGGAUCUUCAUUGACAGUGGUCUUUGAAGGAACCAUAUUGAACCGAGAAGAAGUUUGCAGCUUCCAACUUCCUCCUCCCUGGAAAUUGAGAGGGAACAUCCUUAACUAUGGCUUGGGACUUCUUAGUAGUUACUUUGUUUGUGAUACAUUGACUAUUCUUUCUGGCGGUUAUUUUUACAUUUUUGACCCCUUGGGCUUGACUGGUGGUGCGACUUCCACUGCUACCUCAUCAGCGAGAUACUUCUCUUUGUUAGGAAAUGAUUUGGUCGAGAGGUUUCAUGAUCAGUUCCUCCCAAUGCGUGUUACACAGGAUGCUUCUUUAUGUACUGCAAACUCCACGAUUAUUCGAAUGCCGUUAUCAUCAAAAUGCCUCAAAGAGCUUGAAGCAGGUUGCAAUAUAGUACAACGGGUUUUUGACCGAUUUACACAGAAUCCGUCCAGUACUCUCCUGUUCUUGAGGUCAAUCAUUCAGGAACCCAUUUUCGAAAAGAAAUGGAGAAAGUUUCAAAUAUCCAGAAUAUUUUCAAGUACAAGUGCAGCUAUCAAAAUGCAAGCUAUAGAUGUGCACGUAAUUGAGAGUGGCUGCAGUUAUAUUGACAAAUGGUUUGUUGCCCUUUCCCUUGGAUCAGGUCAAACACGAAACAUGGCUCUUGACAGGCGGUAUCUUGCCUAUAACCUAACCCCCGUUGCUGGAGUAGCAGCGCACAUAGCUCGGAAUGGAGUAUCAACCAAUAUACAUCCAUCCAGUUGUAUAUUAUCUCCCUUACCACUAUCUGGGUCUAUAAGCAUGCCAGUCACAACUUUGGGGCAUUUCAUUGUGAGGCACAGUGGUGGGCGCUAUAUUUUUGGCAGUACACGUGAUGCAUCUCUGCCAGAACUUAAAGAGGACAGGGACAGGUUGGUUGAAGCGUGGAAUAAGGAACUUAUGUUAUGUGUGCGUGAUUCAUAUGUUGAGAUGGUUCUAGAAUUUCAAAAGCUUAAAACAGACCCUCUAUCUUCUGCUAUUGAACCAAGGUCUGCACAAUCUGUGGGUGCUAUAUUACAGACAUAUGGUGAUAGGGUAUACUCUUUUUGGCCAAGAUCGAAGCAGAAUCCAACUUCAUUCACUGGGCAUGGUUCUACUGGAACAAAUAUGGAUUCACCAAGGGCAUCUAAAGCGGAUUGGCAAUUCUUAAUAGAGCAAGUGAUAAGGCCUUUCUAUGUACGGUUAGCUGAUCUUCCUGUUUGGCAACUUUACCAUGGAAAUCUUGUUAAAGUAGAUGAGGGUAUGUUCUUAGCUGACUCAGGAAAUGGAGAUGAUGAUAACCUCCCAUCUGAUAGUGUUUGUAGUUUUAUUAAAGAGCGAUAUCCUGUUUUUUCUGUGCCGUGGGAGUUGGUUAGUGAGAUUCAGGCAGUUGGAGUUACCAUAAGAGAGAUCAGACCUAAAAUGGUUCGGGAACUACUAAAAGCUUCUCCAUCUAUUUUACUUAGAUUCAUUGAAACAUAUAUAGAUGUUCUUGAAUAUUGCUUCUCAGAUAUGGACCCUUACCGCUUCUCGGAUGAUCUACCUGAUGAAUCACGAGUUAACAGCCAACAUGUUGGAACAACGAAUUCUUCUAGAUCGCAUUCUAUGCCUUCUUCGAGCAGCACACUGUCUUACCAAUCAAGUACUCAGAUGGCAGGUACUUCUGGAGGUGAUGCACUUGAAAUUAUGACAUACUUUGGAAAAGCCCUAUAUGACUUUGGUAGGGGGGUUGUUGAGGAUAUCAGCAAAACCAAUGGUCCAGCAUUCCACAGGACUCAAGCUGCUGAAACUAACUUGUUGUCAUCCAUCAUUUCUGAGCUUAAAGGUGUUCCAUUUCCAACAUCAACAAUGCGUCUAACAAAGUUGGGAAUGGCUGAACUCUGGAUAGCCAAUGAGCAGCAGCAGCUAUUGAUGAGCCCUUUGCUGGGUCGCUUUAUCCACUAUAAAUGUCUGGAAAAACCCUUCUUGGCUCUGCUGCUUUCCACUCAGGUUAUCCAUAGGCCUCUGAAACUGAGGAGUUUUUCUCCCAACUUAUUAGCAGGUUAUUUGAAACACAUACUUGAUGAGCGUUGGAUACGAAUUGCACUAGAGAACAAAUCCUCAUGGAUUCCUUGGGACAAUAAUGCUGAAUCAUCAACUACUCCAACUCCCAAAUGGAUUAGAAGCUUCUGGGAAAAUUUCAGUUCCUUGAACGGUGACCUUUCUCUUUUGUCUGAUUGGCCCUUAAUUCCUGCUUAUCUGGACAAGCCGGUUCUCUGUCGUGUGAAGGAACGCCAUCUAAUAUUUGUGCCACCAAUUAGUGAUUCACCAGACCCUCCUGGAGAUGAUGUAGCUGGACAGCUUGAUACACCGGACCCCCCAGAGACAAUACUAGAGAAGCAGAACAGAAUGAAGUGCUUGAUACUGCAUUUAGCAUUCUUUCACCCUAGUGAUGCCCGAUGCCUUUCUUGCUCAUCAAAUGCACAUUUGUUCCUUCAGGCUUUGGGGGUUGAACAACUAAAUGAUCAUGAAAUACUAGUGAAGUUUGCGUUGCCUGGAUUUGGAAAUAAAACAGCUCAAGAGCAGGAAGACAUUUUGACCUACUUGUAUGCUAACUGGAAAGAUCUUCAACUGAACUCUGCUGUAGUAGAAACCUUGAAGGAGACAAACUUUGUGGCAAAUGCAAAUGAAUUUUGUAAAGAGUUUUUCAAACCUGAGGAAUUACUUGACCCUUCAGAUGCUCUGUUGACUUCUGUGUUUUCUGGGGAGAGAUAUAAGUUCCCUGCUGAAAGGUUCAUGUCAGAUGGUUGGCUUGUUAUACUCAGAAAAGCAGGCCUUAGGACAUCCACAGAGGCUGAUAUGAUAGUACAGUGUGCAAGAAAAAUAGAAACCAUGGGACAUGAUAUUAUGCCAUCUUUAGAAGAUGUUGAUGACUUCGAGGCAGAUUUCACAGACAGCAAAAAUGAAAUCCCUUUUGAGAUAUGGUCACUGGCAGAAUCCGUAGUAAAUGUGCUUUUUGCAAAUUUUGCUACUUUGUAUGACAGUGCUUUUUGUGAAAAGAUUGGAAAAAUUGCAUUUGUGCCUGCUGAAAAAGGUUUUCCAAGUAUUGGUGGUAAGAGAGGUGGUCGAAGGGUACUUGCCUCAUACAACGAAGCUAUCUUAUUAAAAGACUGGCCAUUAGCAUGGAGUUCUGCUCCAAUUCUUACCAAACAAACAAUUGUUCCUCCCGAGUAUUCUUGGGGAGCAUUUCGGCUUAGGAGUCCACCUGCCUUCAGUACAGUUUUUAGGCACUUACAGAUUGUUGGUAAAGGCAAUGGUGAGGACACAUUAGCACACUGGCCAACCUCAGCAGGGAUAAUGACGGUGGAAGAUGCCUUUCUACAGGUCUUGCAAUACUUUGAUAAAAUAUGGGGAACAAUAUCUUCUUCAGAAAAAACAGAACUGGAGAAACUGGCAUUUAUACCAGUUGCAAAUGGUACUCGAUUGGUCCCAGUGAAGUCACUUUUUGCUCGUCUGACAAUUAACAUGUCACCUUUUGCUUUUGAGCUUCCAAGUCGGUAUCUUCCAUUUGUUUCCCUUCUUAGAGAGAUUGGGAUGCAGGAAAGCCUUACAAACUCCUAUGCAAGAGAACUUCUUUUGGAUAUCCAAAAGGCAUGUGGCUACCAGCGCUUGAACCCAAAUGAACUCCGUGCAGUUAUGGAAAUCUUGGACUUCAUGUGCCAUGGAAUCAACCAAAGUAUCACAGAUGGAUCAGAUGGUCUUUUCGAUUCAGUAAUACCAGAUGAUGGCUGCAGGCUGGUCACUGCUGCAUCAUGUGUGUAUGUUGACCCAUAUGGUUCUCGUUUACUGAGUAACAUAAAUACAUCAAGGCUAAGAUUCACCCAUCCAGACCUUCCUCAGAAUAUCUGCAGGGCCUUGGGCAUCAAAAAGCUCUCUGAUGUCAUUGUGGAGGAACUUGAUGGAAAAGAAGAAAUUAAAGUUGUCAAUAGCAUUCACUCAGUUACACUAGACAGAAUAAAAGAGAAGCUGCGAAGUAAAUCUUUGCAAAAUGCAUUAAGGAUUGUGAUGAUCAGCGUAACCAAUCAUUUCCCUUCAUUUGAAGCCCUUGCUUUGGUCCAGAUAGAACAGAUACUAGAGGAUAUAUCACAGAAACUGCAACUGGUUCAAUGCCUCCAUACUCGCUUUCUCUUACUUCCCAAUCUCCAAGAUGUUACAAGAACCAUCCAGCAUCCUUCUAUUCAUGAAUGGUCAAGCAAUGGAAUGCACAGAAGCAUUUGUUUCGUCAACAAAGCUACGGGUUAUAUUCUAGUCGCAGAGCCCCCAAGUUUUUUGACAAUAUAUGACAUUAUCGCAAUUGUUGUUAGUCACAGGUUAGGGGCACCAAUGAUCUUGCCGAUUGCCUCACUGUUUGCAUGCCCAGAUGGUUCAGAGAAAGAAGUCCUUCAAAUUCUUCACCUGGGUUCAGACGUUGGAGUUUCAAAACGUGAAGGGAGGUAUGACGCUUCCCUUGGAGCAGAGUUGUUAUCUCAAGAUGCUCGGCAGGUGCAAUUCCUUCCAUUAAGACCAUUCUAUAGUGGUGAAAUUGUGGCAUGGAAGACAGGAAAAGAGGGGGAAAAGCUCAGGUAUGGUAGGGUCCCUGAAGAUGUAAGGCCCUCAGCUGGCCAAGCACUUUACAGAUUUCCAGUAGAGACAGCUCCUGGCGAGACUCGCAUGCUGCUUUCCAGUCAUGUUUACUCAUUUAAAAGUGUUUCAAUGGCUGAUCUCCUAUCUGCACCUUCCCAAGUGAAUGGUGGUGUGGCAUUAGGUGGGCAAGAGAACCUCUUAGCCACCAACACUGGCACUGAAGUCACCAAGGAUGUGGAUGCUGGGCUUCAAUAUGGAAAAGUAUCUUCCACUGAGCUGGUACAAGCAGUCCAUGAUAUGCUUUCGGCUGCAGGAGUAAGGAUGGAUGCUGAGAAGGAAACACUGUUUGAGGCUACUCUUUCCUUGCAAGAUCAGCUUAAAGAAUCUCAAGUUGCUCUCUUGGUGGAGCAGGAGAAGGCCGAAGCAGCUGUAAGAGAAGCUGAUGUCGCCAAAGCAGCAUGGUCAUGCCGUAUCUGCCUGAAUGCUGAGGUCAACAUGACCAUAAUACCAUGCGGUCAUGUCCUAUGUAACCGAUGCUCAAGUUCGGUUUCACGAUGCCCAUUUUGCCGGACGCAGGUGGCCAGAAUGAUGAAAAUAUUCAGGCCAUAA